AUGGAUCGGACUUUAGCAACUCUCCUUCGUUCGUUGCAGACUUCGAACCACCAAGCAGAAGCUUUAAGAUUAUUACCAACAGCGACGAACCUCUUAUCGAAGCUUUCAAACCCAUUGAAUGUUACCUUGCUGGUAUCACAUGUGCUGUCAAACGAUGCACUGUACGCGAGACCCGUUGAAUUGUCUCAGGCGCGACAAAUAUUCAGUGUCUUUUAUACCGCAGCCUUGAGGUUUCUCGAAGAUAAGCAACAAAUACCACGACCGCCCGGUAAUCCGUCUCAGCUACCAUCCCAGAGUGAGCUUUCAACUCCCGAGUGGCUGAGGGCAGUUGUGAAAGGCGCAGAUGACUCGUCACCGCGAUGGAGGCAUACACUCUUAAUAGGGGGCCUUUUACUGGCUUUCCAAUCAAGAGAUUUUGAGUCACUUCCCCAUGACUUGCGCAACAAGUUAGAAGGGGCGUUUGUUACAGCUUCGAAUUUGGCGCUCCUACAGAAAGAGACUGAACCCAAUUGUGAAAACGUGGUGGUGUUUGUGCUGAAUCACACCUUUCCUAUGCUGUCCAGCAUGCAUCAAUCUCAAUUCCACUACGAUCUUCUGCUUCCUGUCUUGGUGGAGGCAACAUUCUUCUCAAGAGAAGGGCUUGAGUACGGCUAUUGGCUUGGUGCUGUGGACAACGAUGUUUGUCAGUCAUCGAGGCAGAUGUUCAAUUGGCCGGUGAACUCUAAGUCGUUCCAAAAGAUUACUGAGAUCAAGGCUCGGCAACUAACAGCAGGCCUUGGACCGUUGUCGCGUCUUAUUGCACAUUCUAUCGAAAACGUACAGGAUCGACCACUGAUCUUAUACAGCACAAACAGAAUUGCCGAAUUUGCCAGGAACCUGUUGACCUCGUGGAGACAGAACAAACUGAGCGAAAUUGAUCAGAGAGAGGAAGCUCAAUACCUUGAUCCAGAAGCCUCGACCAAAUCGUUACCGGUACUUCUACAGCUGCUGAGAGAUACAAUGUUCGCUUCAGUGAUCGCUCUGAGAUCUGUACUUGGCAGAUUGCUCUGCGACGGCAUCCUUGCCUCGAAUUCUAAUGCUCCUGCACUGGCAAUGCAAACACUACACGUCUUGCGCGACACAUACUUCAUAGCCCAUCGCUUCGGGUUGACAUCGUCCUCCCAGUACCUAUUCGUUAGCUUUACUGCAAUUGAUGUUCUCAGCCGAUAUCCGAUUCAAUCUGAGAGCUUUUUGGAGACGAUUCGGCCACCGAAAAUUGGUCAGAUUCCCCCUCACCCACUUGAUCGACUGCUUGAUCUAUUCUUCCUCAAUACUGCCGAGCACUUUACACUGGUUGUAUCCCCGAAGACAAACCAAAAUCUACUUUUUGAUUCUGCAGCACCUUAUGUCAAUCCACAAGGAGAUCCCCGCCUGGGCGAGAUCUACGAAGCUGCACAUAGUGUCAUGUUAGCAAUUUUUGCAGCACCACAGAAUACUGCAGUUGCUGUCAACAGUGUACCGGUCUACGUUGACACUUUAUUGCAAAGUUUUCCAAGACCUUUGACUGCACGCCAAUUCAGGCUGGCAAUCAAGUCUAUAGUUCGCAUUGCUUCACCCCCGUCUCCAGUCGCAGUGGCGAUGCCGCUUAUGCAAGCUGUUGUUCUGGACCUGCUGAAGGAGAGAGUAGAACAUGCUUCAGAAGACAUUUUGCCGGCCAAUAUAGACCUGCCCAUUGAGAAUCACGAAUCUUUGUCUGAGAAAGUCGUCUUGCUUCUCUCAAUUAUCGAUUGCCUCAGCUUUGUCCCAGUGCCAUUAUUGGAGGAGUGGCUGCCGUUGACUGCUGACCUCUUGCACAAAGUUGGAAAUCCGAUCCAAAAACAACAAUGUCAGCACCGAUUGUGGGAGACACUGAGUAGUGGUGAAAUGGAUGUUGAUCGUGCUGCUGCAUGUGUGGCUUGGUGGACGUCCAGAGGCGGCCGUGAGCAUGUGAUGUUUGGAGCGGUGCCAGAGGAACAAGAGUACACAAUGAGCGGUGCAUUGCAGCUUGACUCUAAGCUAUGA